AACCGUGGGACGACGAGGAUGCUUCUUCAUAUCUCACCACCACUCUCGUUGACUUGACUUGGCUCUCUCCUCUAGCUUACCUUACUCUCGUCAAUGGUUCUCUGCGAUCUUAGCCAAAUCUGUUGAUAAGGUUCCUUCGUUGAUUGGUAGAGAUCUCGAAAUUGGUCAAAUUCAAUCCAUCGGAACCUGUUGAUGGACACCAUUGAUGGAUUCGCCGAUUCUUAUGACAUCAGCAGCACUACUUUCUUCGCCGCCGCACCUGCUCCUACCGAUAAUACAGAGUCUUCUAUUGUUUUUCCGGCGGCAGCCGAACAACUUCUCACCGGACCUGAUGUAUCUGCUCUGCAAUUGCUCUCCAACAGCUUCGAAUCCGUGUUUGACAAGCCGGAAGAGUUCUACAGCGACGCUAAGCUUGUUCUCUCCGACGGCCGGGAAGUAUCUUUCCACCGCUGCGUUUUGUCAGCGAGAAGCUCCUUCUUCAAGAACGCUUUAGCCGCUGCUAAGAAGGAGAAAGACUCCAACGCCGCCGUGAAGCUCGAGCUGAAGGAGAUUGCUAAGGAUUACGAAGUCGGUUUCGAUUCGGUUCUGACUGUUUUGGCUUAUGUUUACAGCAGCAGAGUGAGGCCGCCGCCUAAAGGAGUUUCCGAAUGCGCAGACGAGAAUUGCUGCCACGUGGCUUGCCGGCCGGCGGUGGAUUUCAUGUUGGAGGUUCUCUAUUUGGCCUUCAUCUUCAAGAUCCCGGAAUUAGUUACUCUGUAUCAGAGGCCUUUAUUGGAUGUUGUAGACAAAGUUGUUAUAGAGGACACAUUGGUUAUACUCAAGCUUGCUAAUAUAUGUGGUAAAGCUUGUAAGAAGCUAUUGGAUAGAUGCAAAGAGAUUAUUGUCAUGUCUAAUGUAGAUAGAGUCAGUAUUGAGAAGUCAUUGCCGCCAGAGCUUGUCAAAGAGAUAAUUGAUAACCGUAAAGAGCUUGGUUUGGAGGUACCUAUACUAGACAAACAUGUCUCUAAUAUACAUAAGGCACUUGACUCGGAUGAUGUCGAGUUAGUGAAGAAUUUUCUGACAGAAGGCCACACCAAUCUAGAUGAUGCGUGUGCUCUUCAUUUCGCUGUUGCAUAUUGCGAUGUGAAGACCGCAACAGAUCUCUUAAAACUGGAUCUUGCCGAUGUCAACCAUAGAAAUCCGAGGGGAUACACGGUGCUUCAUGUCGCUGCAAUGCGGAAGGAGCCACAAUUGAUACUAUCUCUAUUGGAAAAAGGUGCGAGUGCAUCAGAGAAAACGUUGGAAGGUAGAACUGCUCUCUUGAUCGCAAAACGAGUCACUAUGGCGGUCGAAUAUAAUAAUGUUCCGGCACGAUUCAAGCAUUCUCUCAAAGGCCGACUAUGCGUAGAAAUACUAGAGCAAGGAGACAAACGAGAACCAAUUCCUAGAGAUGUUCCUCCCUCUUUUACUGUGGCUGCCGAUGAAUUGAAGAUGAGGCUGCUCGAUCUUGAGAAUAGAGUUGCACUAGCUCAACGUUUGUUUCCAACGGAAGCACAAGUUGCAAUGGAGAUCGCCCAAAUGAAGGGAACAUGUGAGUUCAUAGUGACUAGCCUAGAGCCUGACCGUCUCACUGGUACAAAGAGAACAUCACCGGACGUAAAGAUAGCACCUUUCAAAAUCCUAGAAGAGCAUCAAAGUAGACUAAGAGCGCUUUCUAAAACCGUGGAACUCGGGAAACGCUUUUUCCCGCGCUGUUCAGCAGUGCUCGAUCAGAUUAUGGACUGUGAGGACUUGACUCAACUGGCUUGCGGAGAAGAAGACACUCCUGAGAAACGACUACAAAAGAAGCAAAGGUACAUGGAAAUACAAGAGAUAUUAACAAAGGCCUUUACUGAGGACAAUUUGGAAUUUGGAAAAUCGUCCCUCACAGCUUCGGCUUCUUCCACAUCGAAAUCAACUGGUGGAAAGAGGUCUAACCGUAAACUCUCUCAUCGGCGUCGGUGAGACGCUUGCCUCUUAGUGUAAUUUUUUUUGUACCAUAUAAUUCUGUUUUCAUGAUGAUUGUCACUGUUUAUGUCUAUCGUUGGAGUCAUAUAGUUUCGUUCUUCAUUUUGCAUCCUGUGUAUUAUCGCUGCAAGUGUGUUUCAAACCAAUGUUGUAACAUUUUGAACCAGCGGUGUACAAAUUGGUAAUAAUUAACAAUAAUUAACCCAUGAUGGUGUUA